AAAGACAAAGCCAUGUUCUCUUCUUUCGGGAAUAGAAGCUUGCUUUUGACAGAGAACACACGCUGUGAGAAAAUCCGAACAGCUUUAGCUUUUAGGUAUAUAUUACUAACUGUCAGGUGCCCGGUGGAUCUACAGCCUAUGGGUGGAUCUGAAUACUGAAAUAUUCAUAAUUUCUGUCCAACGAAUCAUUAUUAGAAUCGCGAACGGUUCCUUGGGAUAUGGUAGUUGUCGAUGAACAACUACGGAAGUAGUUAGCUAGCUGGCUUGCUAACUUGCUUGCGUCCGGAUGUCUGGACAAACUGGGAUGAAACUUGGCAGGCAACUGUGUCAAAAAAUGAGGUUGAGCAACAAGAACGAUCCCGCCGUCCCGACCACGGCGAGGGGACUGGAGAUCCACUUCUACCUGUCCGGCAUGCCGCAGCUGGAGUACCUGAAGGACAGCCACUCUGCGGAGGACCUGUGCAUACAGGCGGCGCAGAAGUGCAGCAUUUCUCCUCUUUGCCACAACCUGUUUGCACUAUAUGAUGAGGGCGAAGAUAUCUGGUACCCACCCAAUCACGUGUUCAAAGUGGACGACUACAUGUCCACAAAGCUGCAUUACCGCAUGAGGUUCUACUUCACCAACUGGCACGGCACAAACGACAGCGAGUCGCCUGUUUGGAGGCACUCCAUCAACAAGCAGAGAAACGGGGUGAGCCCAGAGAGGGCCCUGGAGGGAACCCCGCUGCUGGACGCCCCCUCCCUGGAGUACCUGUUUGCACAGGGCCAGCAUGACUUUCUGAAGGGCUGGGCGCCUGUGCGGAGCGCGCAGACCGAGGCGGAGGCCCACGAGAUUGAGAACGAGUGUCUGGGAAUGGCCGUGCUGGCCAUCUCGCACUACACCAUCAGCGGGCAGCUGCCCCUGGCAGGGACCACGGGGGAGAUCAGCUAUAAGAAGCACAUUCCGGAAAGCCUGAACAAAGCCAUCAAGAAGCGCAGCAUCCUGACCCGAAUCCGCAUCAACAACGUCUUCAAGAACUUCCUCAACGAGUUCAAGAGCAAGACCAUCCAAGACAGCCAUGACAGUGUGACGGCGCACGACCUGAAGGUGAAGUACCUGGCCACGCUGGAGACCCUGACCACGAGCUUCGGCUGCGAGGUCUACGAGCCCGACGACCUGCAGGUCUCCUACGAGACCGAGACGUCGCAGAAGUCCCUCAAGUCUGACAGAACGGAGGACCCUCAGUCCUACCAGGUGCUGGUGUCCGGGAAUGCUGGGAUCGCCUAUCGGAAGAAGCCAGUCAAUAACACCGUGGUGAUCAAAGAGAAUAACAAGUCCAAGAAAAACAAGAUGGAGGCAAACAAACGGAAGGAUGCCAGCGAUGGCCGGGCACCGUUCUGCGACUUCCACGAGAUCACACACAUCGUCAUCAAGGAGUCUACAGUUACCAUCUCCAAACAAGACAAUAAAAAAUUGGAAGUGAAGCUGCCGUCCCGGGGCAAGGCGCUGUCCUUCGCCGCCCUGGUGGACGGCUACUUUCGGCUGACGGUGGACGCCCACCACUACCUGUGCACCGAGGUGGCGCCCUCCUCUGUGGUGCAGAACCUGCAGAACAGCUGCCACGGCCCCAUAUGCACGGACUACGCCAUCCAGAAGCUCCGGCAGGAGGGCAACGAGGAGGGCAUGUAUGUGCUGCGCUGGAGUUGCACAGACUACAGCCACAUCCUCAUGACCGUCACCUGCAACGAGGCGAACGGGGGCCAGCCCAGGCAGAACUGGCAGUAUAAGAACUUCCAGAUCGAGGUGGGGGCGCAGGGCUACCGGCUGUGCGGGACGGAGACCCACUGGCCCUCGCUGAAGGACCUGAUGGGACACCUGGCAGGACAGGUCCUGCGCACCGACCACGUCAGCUUCCACCUGAGGAGGUGCUGCCCGCCCCAACCCCGAGAGAUCUCCAACCUCUUAGUGGUGACGAAGAACAGAGUUCCUGACACACAGACUCCCCUGCAAAUCAGUCAGCUCAGCUUUCACAGGAUUCUCAAAGAGGAAAUACAGCAGGGGGAGCACCUCGGUAAAGGCACCAGAACCAACAUCUACGCGGGCGUGCUCAAGAUGAGCAGCGAGGACGACAAGGACGAGGGCGACGCCUCGCAGGAGGUGAAGGUGGUCCUGAAGGUGCUGGGGUCCGGCCACAGAGACAUCUCCCUGGCCUUCUUUGAGACGGCCAGCAUGAUGCGGCAGGUCUCCCACAAGCACAUCUCCCUGCUCUACGGCAUCUGUGUCCGCGACCUGGAGUACAUCAUUGUGGAGGAGCUUGUGCAGCUGGGCCCCCUUGACCUCUUCCUGCAGAGGAACCGCACGCACCUCACCACGCCCUGGAAGUUCCAGGUGGCCAAACAGCUGGCUGGGGCCCUCAGCUACCUGGAGGAUAAGAAGCUGGUCCACGGCUACGUUUGCGCCAAGAACAUCCUGUUGGCGAGGGACGGGUGUGACAACGAGGGCGGCCCGUUUAUCAAACUGAGCGACCCGGGCAUCCCAGUGACCGUACUCACCAGAGAGGAGUGUGUGGACCGAAUCCCUUGGAUUGCCCCAGAAUGUGUGAAGACCACCAAGGCCCUGAGCGUGGCGGCCGACAAGUGGAGUUUUGGCACCGCCCUGUGGGAAAUCUACUAUGACGGAGAGGUGCCCCUCAAAGACAAGACGCUCACUGAGAAAGAGCGCUUCUACAUGCGGGAGUGCAUGCUGCCCACACCAGACUGCAAGGAGCUGGCGGACCUUAUGACCGACUGCAUGAGCUACGACCCCCACAAGAGGCCCUUCUUCAGAGCCAUCGUGAGGGACAUCGACAUGCUGGAGGAGCAGAACCCCUCCAUCAAACCCAUGCCCACUCAGGAGGUGGACCCCACCGUGUUUGAAAAGAGAUUCCUCAAGAAGAUUCGAGAUCUAGGGGAGGGUCACUUCGGGAAGGUGGAGCUGUGCCGCUACGACCCCCGGGAGGACCGCACGGGCGAGCUGGUGGCGGUCAAGUCCCUGAAGCCGGAGAACAGGGAGGUGCAGAGCGGCAACCUGUGGUGCGAGAUCGACAUCCUGAGGAAGCUGUACCACGAGAACAUCGUCCGGUACAAGGGCAUCUGCCGAGAGGAGGGAGGAAGAGCCAUCAAGCUGAUCAUGGAGUACCUGCCUGCCGGGAGCCUGAAAGAGUACCUGCCCCGCAACAAGGCCAACAUCGACCUGAGGAUGCUGCUCAGAUACGCCGUUCAGAUAUGCGAGGGAAUGGACUACCUGGGAUCCCAGAACUACAUCCACCGGGACCUGGCCGCUCGGAACGUUUUGGUGGAGAACGAGAACACGGUCAAGAUCGGAGACUUUGGUCUGACCAAGAGCAUCAAAGACAACGAGGGCUACUACACGGUGAAGGACGACCUGGACAGCCCGGUGUUCUGGUACGCCCCCGAGUGCCUGGUCCACUGCAAGUUCUACCGGGCGUCGGACGUGUGGUCCUUCGGCGUGACCAUGUACGAGCUGCUGACGUACUGCGAGACCGGCUGCAGCCCCAUGGCGGAGUUCCUGCGGAUGAUCGGGCCGAGCCACGGCCAGAUGACGGUGACCAAGCUGGUGAAAGCCCUGGUGGAGGGCAGGCGGCUGCCCUGUCCGGCUCACUGCCCACAGACGGUGUACGCCCAGAUGAAGAAGUGCUGGGAGAGCGCUCCAGAGGAGAGGAUCGACUUUAAAGGGCUGAUCACCGUGUUCCAGCACAUGCUGGCAGAGAACGUGUGACCAGGGGAACCUGCUUUAAAGACCUAAAGACUUUGCAAUCAAUCACAGCGGGAGGAAUUAAAAGAAGAGGAAAAAAAAAAACAUUCUUCAAGUCUGCCGCAGAAGGUGACUUUUCCCGGAUUUCUCGUACGAUCCCUUUCAUUAUUUGCACUGGCAGGACGUUAUUUUAAGGCAUCAUGUGGCUUCAGUGAUUCUGAAUGUGAGCUUGUGUCGGCAGCCAAAUUAGUCUUGGUCUUGGAUCGCAGCUUAAUUGUACAUAGACCCACGCAAAUGUUACUUUUACGCCAAGUCCUCAGCGCAGUCACCGGUGGCAUUAAUUUUCCAUUUUGUUUCGCUUAAACUGUAAACUCAUAUUUUUGUUAAAUAAAUGAACAAUAUUUGUA